AUGUUUCCAUCAACGACAUUUCCAUCAGUAAAGUCUUCAUCAACAACGUCUUCAUCAACAACGUCUUCAUCAGCAACGCCUUCUUCACCAACGUCUUCAUCAACAACGUCUUCAUCAGCAACGUCUUCUUCACCAACGUCUUCAUCAACAACGUCUUCAUCACCAACGUCUUCAUCAGCAACGUCUUCAUCAGCAACGUCUUCAUCACCAACGUCUUCAUCAACAACGUCUUCAUCACCAACGUCUUCAUCACCAACGUCUUCAUCAACAACGUCUUCAUCAACAACGUCUUCAUCACCAACGUCUUCAUCACCAAAGUCUUCAUCAACAACGUCUUCAUCACCAACGUCUUCAUCACCAACGUCUUCAUCAACAACGUCUUCAUCAACAACGUCUUCAUCACCAACGUCUUCAUCAACAACGUCUUCAUCACCAACGUCUUCAUCAGCAACGUCUUCAUCAGCAACGUCUUCAUCACCAACGUCUUCAUCAACAACGUCUUCAUCACCAACGUCUUCAUCACCAACGUCUUCAUCAACAACGUCUUCAUCACCAACGUCUUCAUCACCAAAGUCUUCAUCAACAACGUCUUCAUCACCAACGUCUUCAUCACCAACGUCUUCAUCACCAACGUCUUCAUCAACAACGUCUUCAUCACCAACGUCUUCAUCAACAACGUCUUCAUCAACAACGUCUUCAUCACCAACGUCUUCAUCAACAACGUCUUCAUCAACAACGUCUUCAUCACCAACGUCUUCAUCAACAACGUCUUCAUCACCAACGUCUUCAUCAACAACGUCUUCAUCAACCACGUUUUCAUCACCAACGUCUUCAUCACCAACGUCUUCAUCACCAACGUCUUCAUCAACCACGUCUUCAUCACCAACGUCUUCAUCACCAACGUCUUCAUCACCAACGUCUUCAUCAACCACGUCUUCAUCACCAACGUCUUCAUCACCAACGUCUUCAUCACCAACGUCUUCAUCGCCAACGUCUUCAUCAACAACGUCUUCAUCACCAACGUCUUCAUCACCAACGUCUUCAUCACCAACGUCUUCAUCAACAGCGUCUUCAUCAACCAUGUCUUCAUCACCAACGUCUUCAUCAACCACGUCUUCAUUACCAACGUCUGACCUAUCGACUCGAAAAUAG